CCUCCCUCUUUCUCUUUACGCUUCCUAGCCUGGUGGAGGUGCAACUUUUCCUAUCGGUCGUCCCGAAUCCGGGUUCAUCCGACACCGAAACCGGCCCGAGUGAAGCGGAGUCCCCCCUAGUCCGACACAGUCAUGCCUCCUAAAUUCGAUCCCAACGAAAUUAAAGUCGUCUUCCUGAGAUGCACCGGUGGGGAGGUGGGAGCUACUUCAGCUCUGGCCCCUAAAAUUGGACCUUUGGGUCUGUCUCCCAAGAAAGUUGGUGAUGACAUUGCCAAGGCAACCGGUGACUGGAAGGGGCUGAGAAUCACCUGCAAACUGACCAUUCAGAACAGACAGGCUCAGAUUGAGGUUGUGCCAUCUGCCUCCGCUCUGAUCAUCAAGGCCCUCAAGGAGCCUCCCCGUGACAGGAAGAAGCAGAAGAACAUUAAACACAACGGCAACAUCUCCAUGGAUGAAGUGAUCAGCAUCGCCCGCCAGAUGAGGCACCGAUCCCUGGCUAGAGAGCUGUCAGGAACAAUCAAAGAAAUCUUGGGCACAGCUCAGUCCGUGGGCUGCAAUGUGGACGGCAGACACCCCCACGAUAUCAUCGACGACAUCAACAGCGGUGCCGUGGAGUGCCCAACUAGCUAAAUCCAAUGAAGAGGACCUGAAUAUUUGUUAAAAUAAAACUUUGAUCCACACAA